UGGGAGCUCGUUCUAGGAAACCUACAAUGGUUGAAUCAACAGCACCAGAUCUAGACGAUUCUGCAGCUGUACCAGACCAGCUUCUAAAAUCCUCUGAAGAGCAAGAUCCAGCUACUGGAACUUCUCCACCAGGGUCAAGACCAAGCUCUGCUCAGGCUGGUCAGAACCAGCCUGGCCUUUCAGCAGUCUCGUUCACUAAGCCUACAGCAGUACUACGUGUGCGACCCCCUGCUCCAGUUGGCCCUUGUGCAGCCACUAACUGCUCUGCAGCUUUAAAAGCCACUGAUUCAGAGGGAAAUGUCAUUGGGAGUGGUUCUAAUCAUGUGUUGAUGUCGCAGUUUUUUGACAGCUGCGAUAAAACAAUCCGUCAGCUUCACAAGAACGAACUGCAGUAUCUGAAUAAAAAUGACGAGGAUCUGACAAGCUUUCCUAAAAUACAUUUCUUAACACCUGGGAGGUUAGUUCCAUCAGGAUUAGAGUCUGCACCUGGUGAGUAGAAUCAGACUGUCAGGCUGUACUGAUCAGGGAGGCAGUAACAAUAGCGGCAAGAGCCCUUGGCCUCUCUACCGGGUUUCGUCCUCCUGGUGCAUGAAUGUCACCUCCAUUCUGAAGCCCUAUCCAUCUCAGACUUGCCUUCAAGCUGGUAAUCACUAACAUAACAGUGAAAUGAAGAGCUUUUACCAAAGGUUUCUAUUGGGUAACAGUUGAUGUGGGGCAAAGCCUAGAACAAACUAUCAAAGUUAUAGUCUCAUUAGAGCAUAGCCCAUCAACCAACUGUUCAAAUCAGGAAAGAAAUAGAUUGGUUUUCUUUAGAUCAAAUUUUCCAGGAAAGCAAACAGUUGAAGCCAUCAUCAACACUUGACAAGCUUCUGCUGCCAGACAUCUAUCCACUGUCAGACUACCAAGUGUAGCCAAUCCGAUUGUGUGUUUAAAUCUUGAUAAAAGUUGUAGGGUUGUAAAGGAUUAUUUAUUUCGGGAUCUAAAAAGUCCUUCCAAAGAUUCCGCAAAACUAUUAGAAGAUCUUACUGGAUCGUUCAAGUCCCAUUACAUAUCCCUGAGGAUCUUAGCAAGUUUUUCUUAAGAGAUCUUAGCAGGGAUGCAUAAGAAGGAUCUUCACGGGGACUGAAGUGAAGGAUCUUUACUGAAUCCUCUACGAUUCUAUCUAAGAUCUUCGAAUAAGAUCCUACAGGAUCUUGACUAGGAUUGUAAAGAACUUUUACGUUUUGCGGUAGUACUGUGCUACCAGCCACCAACAAAACAACAAAGCAUCUAGGACGUGGCAAGGUUCUUAUAGUAAGCUAGUAAGCUCCCUUCUAUUUAAGAUACUCCAGCUUCAGGAUACUAUAGGAUCCUUACAAGAAUUUUGCCAUCAAAUUAGGCCAGCACAGGUUGCUCUAAGUAGCAUUUUUCAGCUACUCAAGUGUGCAGUGUAUGCGCAUUAAGGCAUUUGUUGUUUUAUUCAGCUAAGGUCAACUCCUUGUCAGUAUGGUGGUCUGGAGGAACUCAGCUAUUUAUUUAUUCACUUGUCAAGACUGCAAAAGAUCUGGAGCAUAAGCCAGACAUAGUGUGGCCUCACUCGGAGCAGAUACUCAUUAGCGCAGUUAGUGAGUGUGGGUCAUUCAUGGCCAUGGGUCUGAAAACAGGAACAGUCGUUGUGUGGGAUGUCUAUAGAGAUAUUCUUCUGAGGGUCUACCCUGUGACCGAUAAAGGACAAAUACUUGACCUUUGCUUCUUGUCCAGUGCUGUUGUUCUUGUCAACACAGAAGAUAAUGGAUCAUUAACGUCAGUGUCAUCAUCUCUUGCAAACUUGAUCGCGAGUUGUGAUGAGGGAACAUUUUGUCUUCUGCGAUGUGGAGUUGCUCAGUCGGUUACUACAAAACCUCUUGUUGACCGGUAACUUCAAAGGGUUGAUUUUGGUAGUUUCAAUUUGAUGUUGAAUAGAUCCUUCUGUUUGCGAUCGAAAGAAACAAUUAAAGGAGGUCAUUCCACUCACUUAUAUUUUAAU